CAAACACAGCCAAGGAACACUUGUCGAAAACUGUUGAGGGCCAGGGGUUUGCGUCUUUCCGCCGUACGGCAUUGCGUUGCCUUUCUUCAGGCUCUUUCAGCAAAGCGGGUGUCCUUUUCACCACGCUUACAGUGUACCACCCAUAGGCGCAACUUUACACUUGAUCUUUUCAUUUGCACGCAAUUCCUCCUAAAUAGAAGGCGGCGGCUUCGAUCUCGACUUGUAUCUUUAAUACAGUCUUCUGCUGCAGCUCCAAAAAUGUCUAAGUCUAAGCCUCAGCUUCGGGAGCAGAACCUAGAAACUCUAGAUGCGGCGAAGCUUACGCCUUUGUCUCCGGAGGUUAUUAGCCGUCAGGCCACUAUCAACAUCGGCACCAUCGGCCACGUGGCCCACGGUAAAUCCACGGUGGUGAAGGCCAUCUCCGGCGUGCAGACCGUGCGCUUUAAGAAUGAGCUGGAGCGCAACAUUACCAUCAAGCUGGGUUACGCGAACGCCAAGAUCUACAAGUGCAGCAACCCGGGGUGCGAGCGGCCAGCAUGCUACCGCGCUUACGGCUCGGCCAAGGAGGACAACCCGCCCUGCGAGAUGUGCGGUCAAUCCAUGGAGCUGAUUCGCCACGUCUCCUUCGUGGAUUGCCCCGGCCACGAUAUUCUGAUGGCUACCAUGCUCAACGGCGCGGCGGUCAUGGACGGCGCGCUGCUGCUGAUCGCCGCCAACGAGACCUGCCCGCAGCCGCAGACCAGCGAGCACUUGGCGGCAGUGGAGAUCAUGCGGCUCAAGGAUAUCAUCAUCCUGCAGAACAAGAUCGACCUGAUCACGGAGCCCAACGCCAUCAACCAGCAUGAAACCAUCAAGAAGUUCAUCCAGGGCACCAUUGCGGACGGGGCGCCCGUGGUGCCCAUCUCGGCGCAGCUCAAGUACAACGUGGACGUGGUGUGCGAGUACAUCGUCAAGAAGAUCCCGGUGCCAGUGCGCGACUUCACGUCGCCGCCCCAGAUGAUCGUCAUCCGCUCUUUCGACGUCAACAAGCCCGGAUCCGAGGUGGACGAGCUGAAGGGAGGUGUGGCGGGAGGCUCCAUCCUGCAGGGUGUGCUGCGCAUGGGUCAGGAGAUCGAGGUGCGCCCCGGCAUCAUCACCAAGGACGCGGAGGGCCGCGUCAAGUGCAUCCCCAUUUUCUCACGCAUCGUGUCGCUGUUUGCGGAGCAAAAUGAGCUGCAGUUCGCCGUACCGGGCGGCCUCAUCGGUGUGGGCCUCACGGUGGACCCCACGCUCACUCGCGCGGAUCGCCUGGUGGGUCAGGUGCUGGGCCAGGUGGGCGCGCUGCCGGACGUGUACUCGGAGCUGGAGAUCAACUUCUUCCUGCUGCGCCGCCUGCUGGGCGUGCGGUCCAAGGAGGGGGAGAAGCAGGGCAAGGUGACCAAGAUGAGCAAGGGCGAGGUGCUGAUGCUCAACAUCGGCUCCAUGUGCACGGGCGCACGUGUGCUGGCCGUCAAGGGGGAUCUGGCGAAGCUGCAGCUCACCAGCCCCGUGUGCACCAAGGAGGGAGAGAAGGUGGCGCUCAGUCGGCGUGUGGAGAAGCACUGGCGCCUCAUUGGGUGGGGGCAGAUCCAAAAGGGUCUCAAAAUGGACCUGCCCACCCGCACGGCGUAAGUGGGAGAGCCCAGCAGCAACAGGGGCAGCAGCGGUGUAGGAGCAGGGGCGGUUGCCGAGGGGUACCGUUGAGCUCUUGUGCUUGUUGUCGCGGCGGAUGUGCUUAGGAUGUGCUAUUGGUGCUGGUGGGUGGGGAGUGUAGGGGUGGGGAGUGUGUGGAGGGUGAGUGUGUUGUGACCUGGACCCUGGGAGGGGGCUUGUCGUAAUUGGGGCAUGUGACGCCGGGAGGGCCCGUGGAUUGCGGGGGAAACAGGGGUGGCAGCUGGGUUUGGUGGGGGUUGCGGUGGCGAGGACAGAUGCACGAUGGAAGCCCGUGGCGUGGUCGCAACAGCACUAGCCGUGUGGCCCGGGAGGCAGGUAUAGCUGAGAUACGAGCCUUGCGAGUGUCACAGGACACGACUGAUGCCAGGGCGGCUGGAGGGCUGAGGGAGGUAGGCGACUCACGGCACGAUGCACUUGACAGAGCCCGCAGGUUAGCGCUGUGCGUCUCGGUCUCGCGAGGACGGUGGCCAUGCGCUGUACGGUAGUUUUGCUUUGCUGGCGGGAAGUGGGCAGCAGCAGGAUGUGUACAGAAUUGUUGGAAGGGUUUUGACACAAUGCUCUAGGUCGAGGGCCCUCAAGUCUCCGCAUUACUGUGUUAUGUUUUUAAGGAAGGCGGCGGACGUGUUUUACAACGGCGACAGACGGCGCGCAGUUGCCCACAUGUUUAAAGUUGCCUACGCUAGCCUUAGGGCAAGGCUAGCUCGGGGUUUGGGUGAGCUAUUGCGAACGCACAACUAAGGAGUCGUGUUAACCUUGCAUUUUGUAAGCGCAUUCGAUGCUCUUGGAAAGUGCAAUCAUUCCUACAUUCGUAGCAAGGAUGUGGGGCCCUGGACAGUUAGGCGUUGGGAUAGGAAACCUCAGGCGCGUGAUACGGUUCCAGGACUGCGUCGGUGCGUUACAUUAUACGGAGGCAUGGCACAACUCGCACAGGGGAUGUUUACCAGUGCAAAGCUGUUAGCACAAGGCGAAAAAGAUGGGCGUGUGGACUUCAGUGCAUGCGUACAUGGGACCGGCUGUAGCAAGGCUGUUGCUUCCUUGUAGACGAGCUUUGCGCUGGAGUGAAGUGAGGCGUUGGCUAAGGAACGAGUACAGUCGGGUUGCAACACGUAUUUUGUGCAAAUGAAGCCAGCGUCCUUUGUUGACUGGGUACACGUCGAGCUGAAAUUUCCGAGUUCGGGAUGCACACUUUAACGCUAUUGCAUACUAUUCAAUAACCAAACGACCAGGUCCUGGCUGCAAUAACCCUAGCCCAGCUCCCCAGCAUCAUUUCGGUGCACCUUGUACGGACAGGACGAAGCCAGCUACCGCGGCUCUUCGACUUUCUUUGCACAGAAAUUAUACACAGCUAUAAGGUGAAGCUUCAAAACUGAAUAACUUCUACAUACUGUCAUUGAUAGGUUGUGCAACUCCUCCUUAACCCUGUUAAAUUCGCGGCCUCGGUUUUGUUGCAAGCGCCUUUAGUUUUACGUAUUAACAAUUGGUGAAAGGUUAGGGGCCAAACGCAAUUUGAGUUGAUAGGUUCAUGUCUAUAGCUGGUGAAAAGCCUUGCUUACAAGCCAUGCGCUGACGACUAUGACGGAGGGAGCGCUGCCGAAAGAUAAGCUCCUGGCAUCUGGGCGAGAAGCCUCGGCGCCAGCUGCUAAGCGGGAUGCAAAACGUCAAAAUCCUCUCGCAUUGUCAAGGCAUCGCCUUGCAGCGUACUGCGCUCACGCCCCGGAGCCGUAUGCUGCGAUGGCAAGCCGUGGUGACUGGAGUACAAAGCUAUGGGACAUCUUCGGGCAGCCGGGCGGGGCCAAUAUGUGCUGUUUGUCCUUAUGGUGUCCAUGCAUCCAGUACGGGCUCAUUUUGGAGCAACUCCCGCCGGGCUCAGUGACAUGUGCUGGCAGCGUCGCGGGGGGCUGCGCGCUGUUCUGCGCGUUGUGGCUGCUGGGAGACGUGUUGGGUACGGCACUGCUGACCAAGUACGUCAUGCUGCCCUGCUCGGCGCUCGUGCACUGCCAGACACGCGGCUUCAUUCGCCGCAAGUACGGCAUUCAGUCCCACCCACUGCAUGACUUCUUCAUUACAUGGUGCUGCAUGCCGUGCGCGCUGUGCCAGGAGGCCCGCGAAAUAGUCGUACGAGAAGCAGCGGAGCGGGAAGGUACCUCGCCUUCUUCCCGCGCCCUGGGCCCAGCACGCAACGGCUCCCUUCAUGCUGGGGACCGCCACAGCAAGGCCGGCACGGGAGGCAAGGCGGCGGGGGCGGCGGGGGCGCCAGCAGGAGCGGCGGGGAGCCCAGCUGCUGGGAGUCCGGGACCAGGUCACCCGCAUAUAUCCACCUUGAGCCUGGGGGCGGGGGUAGCGGUGGUGCAUACACACACGCUGCCUCCAGAGGCACGCGCCGCCAACUCAUGUGCAACGGUCACGCCCAGCGGUAGCCCCGGACCCGCAGGGUUGUUGCCCGGGGCUGGGGUGCACGCAGCCUGCACCGUGACGGGUGCCGCGGGGGCGGGUGGGACUGUGGAUGAGCGGGAGACAGUGAAGACGACCAAGUCCUGAUGCAUGCGCAUGUGGAGGUGUGAUGGGCGGGGAUGGAGGCUCUGGCUGGUACCGGAUCGCGUGUGUGGGGGAUGUGACUGUGCCGCAUGUGAGAGGCGCAUGUGAGGCAACGUGUGAGCAGGCAAGAAUAGUCGUACGUAGGAUGACGUGUUUGGUAGCAUGAUGUACGGCAACGCACAUGAGGUUGGCUGCAGCCCAGAUUUAUAGUGUAGGUGUAGGGAUGUCAUGAGGCACAGUGGCAGGCUUACAGUGGCGAAUGUUGGCGUGCUUUGGGCGGCAGAACAUCGAGAUAGAAGUUAGGAGCAAGGUCGACGUUGUAGGGAAAGGGGAAAUGGACGGCAGUAGAUACAUAGGGUCCGAGAAAUAGUCAUACACAGUUUAAGUGGGGCAGAUGUGAUCCAAAUUCGAAGGUAGGUACGCCGGACGCAGUGCGCAGUACCGGCAUUGCGGAUAGCAAACGCAUGAGGCGAUAUGGGUGGGGGCUUCGGUCGCUGCAGUGCCCCUUGGGUGCGAGUGCUGUAGCGGCUGAACUACAUUGACAUGGCCCAGGGCGAGAUACAGUGUGGCAAAUGUGGUGUGGGGGACACAAAUUCUUAUAUGUUGGCGCGGAGCCAACUACCGUAGUGUGCAAAUGGCCUUUGGCUCUUGAAGCUUGUAAGGUACCAGAUAGCCCGA